AUGGGCUGGACCGUGUGUAAUGCCACCGCGGAACACCAGACGAUCUCGGAGGUCGAUCUUUGGGAUGGCGGCAUUACCUUCCACUCCCUCAGUUUAAUCGUGGGCGGCGUAUGUGCUGUGCUUGCCUCCGCCGUGUCGAUGUUUCUGAUCAUGGGCCAUGCGACACACUACAGCAAGCCCAUCGAGCAGCGCCACAUCAUUCGCAUUCUAUUCAUGGUCCCCGUUUACUCCAUCGUCGCUUGGCUCAGUAUCCUCUUCUACAAUGAUUCCGUCUACUUUGAGGUGAUGGGUGACUGUUACGAAGCCUUCUGUAUCUCCGCCUUCUUCUCCCUUUUGUGCCACUACAUCGCCCCCGACUUGCAUAGCCAGAAGGAUUAUUUCCGUGGGAUUCAGCCCAAGGCGUGGCUCUGGCCGUUGAAUUGGUUCCAGAACUGGAAAUGUUGUUUCGGGCACCGCGGAGCGUGGAGAAACCCGCGCAGUGGGUUGACAUGGUUUAACGUUAUUUGGGCCGGAGUCUUCCAAUACUGCGUCAUGCGGGUUAUGAUGACCAUCGUCUCUGUCAUAACACAGGCUACAGGUUCCUACUGCGAAGAGUCGCUUAGCCCGGCAUUUGCGCAUAUUUGGGUCCUCGCCAUUGAGUCCGUCUGCGUCACAAUCGCUAUGUACUGCCUGAUCCAAUUCUACCACCAAAUUCACAAGGACAUCACGGAACACCGCCCUUUUACGAAGAUUCUAUCCAUCAAACUGGUUAUUUUCUUGUCUUUCUGGCAAUCGACCUUUAUCAACCUACUCAUCUCAAGUGGCGCAGUUCACGCUACCAAAAAGGUCGCCAUGCCAGAUCUGAAAUACGCCUUACCCGAAUUAAUGAUCAACAUCGAAAUGUUCAUCUUUUCUAUCCUGCACCUGUGGGCCUUCGCCUACAAGCCGUACAUCAUCGCCAAUGCCAAUCAAGGCGAGGUGACCGAUUUCUUCGGAAAUGGCAAAGCCACCUACGAAGGCGGCCGCUAUGGUUUCAGGGCUCUCGUCGAUGCCAUGAACCCUCUUGACCUGGUCAAGGCCAUCGGGCGUAGUGCACGCUGGCUCGCCGUUGGCCGCAAGCACCGUCUGGAGGACCCCAGCUACCUGCCACACCACGAAAGCAUUGGCCUGGAACCUCCGGAGGCUGGCAUCGAUAACAAUGGCACAGCAUAUGGAGGCGCCGGCACCGUGGUUGGUGGCCGAACGGGCCGUUACGGCGGCGACGAGGAAGGCGCGAUUCUUCUCAGCAACGCACAGUCUAACCCGGAGACAUCUCACAUGGGCACUUCUCCAUAUGCAUCUGACUUUGACAGCUAUAUGCAUGAGCACGAGAACUCUGACCGCUUCUAUAACAACAAUAAUGCCUCGUCCUACGACGAUCUUGACCACGGCAACCCAUACCUUGCUCAACAUGAUGCAGCACACCCCUACCCAGCAAACGGUCCUCUUCGCGAAGCAGUCCCCAUGCCAAUGCCAGAUCCGUACAGACCUCCUCCACCUUAUCCCGAUGAUCAUCACUCAUGA